UCCGUGAGUCGGGUUCCCCGCGCGCACGCGCGUCUCUUCCUCCGUUGCCGGCCCCUCCCCACGGGUCUCUCGCGAGAGGCCGGGAUUUAUUCCUACGUGCUGUGCCGUGCUGCUCAUGGCGGCGCUGGAGCGGGGGCGCUGAGCUGUUGGGUAUGAAGUGUAACAGAACAGAAUUUACCACCUGAAACUGCUGCUUCAAGUUCAGAUCAGGAAAGGAAAACGCCACAUUGUAACAACAAAACAAGACCAAAGAAGAGUAAACCUAUACUGAAGACACAACACUUGAUCUGAAACAAGAAGUUUGUGCCUACUCAACAGCUUCAAAAGAGCACGUCCCAACGCUGCUAGUAGUCUUUGUUUUCUCCAGUGCUGCACUGAAACUCCCCAGUGCAGCAGCAGUUAUAUUCUUUAUUAGCUUCAUAGAUCAUUUUCCUCUCGCUGUCUUUUUUUAAUAAUAGCAGUCUUCGUACUUUGAAACGUGUGCUGAAACAGAAGAAUCAGCGAAUACUACUGAAAGUGCAAUAUUUGAAUAUCACUGCGAGCUGUAUGAGAUGGAGAACCAUUAUACUGUGUCAUCAGAUCCUCUCCCCCCUCCUGCAGCUCCCCUUCCUUCUCUUCUUUUACCUUUCUCUUCAUCUUCUACCUCAUCUGGGUCUAAAAAGCAGAAGAGGACCCCCCUGUAUCAGAGAUCUAUGAGCUUUGAUCCAAACCUUCUCCACAACAAUGGACACAACGGGUACCCCAAUGGUACUUCGGCAGCACUGCGUGAAACUGGGGUUAUUGAAAAACUGCUGACCUCUUAUGGAUUCAUUCAGUGUUCAGAACGGCAAGCUAGACUGUUCUUCCACUGUUCACAGUAUAAUGGCAACCUGCAGGAGCUUAAAGUAGGAGAUGAUGUUGAAUUUGAAGUAUCUUCUGACCGCCGAACUGGAAAACCCAUUGCUGUUAAAUUGGUGAAGAUAAAACCAGAAAUUUUACCUGAAGAGCGAAUAAAUGGACAAGUUGUGUGCGCUGUUCCUCACAAUUUAGAGAGUAAAUCUCCAGCUGCCCCGGGUCAGAGUCCAACAGGGAGUGUAUGCUACGAACGUAAUGGGGAAGUGUUUUACCUGACUUACACCCCUGAGGAUGUUGAUGGAAAUGUACAGCUGGAAACUGGAGAUAAAAUAAAUUUUGUAAUUGAUACAAAUAAACAUACUGGUGCUGUAAGUGCUCGUAACAUUAUGCUAUUGAAAAAGAAACAAGCCCGCUGUCAAGGAGUAGUUUGUGCCAUGAAGGAGGCCUUUGGAUUUAUUGAAAGGGGCGAUGUCGUAAAGGAGAUAUUCUUUCACUAUAGUGAAUUUAAAGGUGACUUAGAAGCCUUACAGCCUGGUGAUGAUGUGGAGUUUACAAUCAAAGACAGAAAUGGUAAAGAAGUCGCAACAGAUGUAAGACUACUGCCUCAAGGAACUGUUAUUUUUGAAGAUAUCAGCAUUGAACAUUUUGAUGGGACUGUAACCAAAGUAAUCCCAAAAGUACCCAACAAAAAUCAGAAUGACCCAUUGCCUGGACGCAUCAAAGUUGACUUUGUGAUUCCGAAGGAACUUCCAUUUGGAGACAAAGAUACAAAAUCCAAGGUGACACUACUGGAAGGUGACCAUGUUAGAUUCAACAUUUCUACAGAUCGACGUGACAAAUUGGAACGAGCCACCAAUAUUGAAGUUCUUCACAAUACUUUCCAGUUUACUACUGAAGCUAGAGAAAUGGGUGUGAUUGCAGCAAUGAGAGAUGGCUUUGGUUUCAUUAAAUGUGUUGACCGGGAUGCCCGCAUGUUCUUUCACUUCAGUGAAAUUCUGGAUGGAAACCAGCUCCACAUUUCAGAUGAAGUAGAGUUUACUGUGGUUCCUGAUAUGUUGUCUGCCCAAAGAAAUCAUGCUAUAAGGAUUAAGAAGCUUCCUAAGGGCACAGUUUCAUUCCACAGCCAGUCAGAUCACCGCUUUGUGGGCACUAUAGAAAAAGAAGCCACUCCUGCCAAAGCCACUAGCCCAAAUAAAAGCAAAGAAAAGGAAGCUGAAGAGGGAAUAAUCGCAUAUGAUGAUUGUGGAGAGAAACUGACUGUUCCUUAUCAGGCAAAGGAUGUGGAAGGAUCUACUAACCCUCAGAUAGGAGAUAAGGUUGAAUUCAGUGUUUGUGAAGUGAAGAGAACAGGUUCACAGACAGCAGUUUCUGUCAGAAUGCUUGGUCGCAACUACAGCUCCAAGAGGCUUGUGGGGUAUGUGGCAACCCUGAAAGAUAACUUUGGAUUUAUUGAAACGGCCAAUCAUGAUAAGGAGAUCUUCUUCCAUUACAGUGAAUUCUCUGGUGAUGUCGAUAGCCUGGAACUUGGGGACAUGGUGGAAUACAGCUUGUCAAAAGGCAAAGGAAAUAAAGUCAGUGCAGAAAAGGUGAACAAAACACAUGCAGUGAAUGGUGCUACUGAGGAAGCUGAUCCAACUGUCUACACGGGUAAAGUAAUUCGUCCCCUGCGGAGUGUAGAUCCCACACAGACUGAAUACCAGGGAAUGAUUGAGGUCAUGGAGGAUGGGGAGAUGAAAGGAGAGGUCUAUCCAUUUGGAAUUGUGGGGAUGGCAAACAAGGGCGAUUGCCUGCAAAAGGGGGAGACAGUCAAGUUCCAGCUCUGCGUCCUUGGUCAGAAUGAACAGACGAUGGCUUGUAACAUUACACCUUUCCGCAGAGCCACUGUGGAAUGUGUGAAAGAUCAGUUUGGAUUCAUUAACUAUGAAGUGGGUGACAGCAAAAAGCUCUUUUUUCAUGUGAAAGAAGUUCAAGAUGGUGUAGAGCUGCAGGCUGGAGAUGAAGUAGAGUUCUCAGUGAUCCUGAAUCAGCGCACAGGGAAAUGCAGUGCCUGUAACGUAUGGCGUGUCUGUGAAGGCGCAAAGGCUGUUGCUGCUCCGCGUCCUGAUAGACUUGUUAAUCGUUUAAAGAGCAUUACUUUAGAUGAUGCCAGUGCUCCUCGCCUAACAGUUCUUCGUCAACCAAGGGGACCGGAUAACUCAAAGGGAUUUGGUGCAGAGAGAAAGAUUCGUCAAGCUGGUGUUAUUGACUAACUGAUCCAUAAAGCACAUAACUAAGUAUGAUCAAGCAGUGGGAGCUGGUGAAGGGUACUGAAUAUCUCCCUAUUCAUCCCUUCCAAAUUCUAAGAAGCUGUUACACCAGUUUUAACACCUUCCUCAUGUUAUGUUUAAAAAAUUUAUGAAACCAUUUUAAAAUUAUGCACAGUUGCAUCCUGAAGACUUAAGGUGGCGCCUUAUAGUAUCACAUUUUAGACGCUUUUUGAAUGGUGCAUUUAACGCAACUGGUAACUGCAAAUCUACAUUGCCUAUGUAAGUGAACAUUAUAGACAGUUCUACUCUGGUAGACCUUAUGAAAUUCUGCACUAAAAAGAUAUAUAUAUACUCUACCUUCAUUAUUUCUGCCAAGGUGUUACUAUGCCUUAGCUCUCAGUUGCAUUAUCUUCCCCUCCACGUGGGAGGCUCACUUCCUGUUUGUUCAGAUCUAAUUCUGAGGACCAUAUGAGGGUGGACUAUAUUAACUUUUUUUUAUAUAAAUCUGUAUGAGCAUUCAGAUAACUUUAUUAAGUUGAUGGCCAAAUGUUACAAUGUUGUUUUCAUAUCUCAUUUAAACUUGAGUCCAGGUAGGAAAGUUCUGUUAGAUCUCAGUGAAAGUACCUUCCAGAGUAGAUCUGUUUUUGUAACUUUCUGCAAAUAGUAUGUGCAGUGCAGAAUUUCAGAAGGAUGAGGUGUGCCAUCGGUGUGGUAAUUUAAAUAUAUAAAACAAUGCACAAAUUUUGCUGCUGCUUAGAACACUGCAGCUUCUAAACCCAGUUUCUUUUACCGAUUUAAAUUUAAAAAUUGUGCCUGAAGUGAAUACAUUUUUCUUUUUGCAGCCAGCACCCAGUGUACUGUAAAAGAAUAAAUACUUAGGCUUUCCAUAGCUGUAUUGAGAUUUUCAUCAAGGUGAAAUAGUUAAUGUCUGUGUGCUUUUUUUUUUUUUCCCCAGUCACACUUUAUCAAGCAAGAAAACUGAAUGAUUGGUCUAAGUAUUACUUUAACCAAAAAGAUCAGGAGUUAUUUUCUUUGAAUAGAGGGCAGUACUGUGUUUUUUUUUUUUUUUUCCCUCCAUAUUACCUCUAUUCUCAAUUUAGGGUUUUUCUUCUCUGGGAGAUGCAUUAUCUUUGUGAAACAAACAUUGCUUUCUCCAAUUUUCUGUUAAUGGCAAAGAAUGGAAAUAGAAUAAAGUUUUACUGAUUUUGAAAAAAAAAAA